UAGCUGAAAACUUCUUUACAACAAUUGCAAUGUGGUUUCAGUGUAGUACUUUUUCAUUCACAUUUUUUAUUCAUGCUUUGUGUUGCUUCGUUACAACUAUGGGUUAUGAAUAUAAAAUGAAAACUUUUGAUGCGUUGAUUGAUCAUUUUAGUUUUUCGUCUCAAGAAACUUUCCCGCUUCGCUACGCCGUCAACGACUCUUAUUGGAAGGGCGAUGGAGGUCCGGUCUUCUUCUACACCGGCAACGAAGGCACCAUCGAGCUCUUCAUAGAAAACACGGGGUUCAUAUGGGAGGCUGCUCCAGACUUCAACGCCCUCAUAGUGUUUGCAGAGCAUCGGUACUACGGGAAGUCUUUGCCUUUCGGAAACGACUCUUUCUCGUCCCCGAACAAGACUGGCUACCUGACGUCCCUGCAAGCCAUCGCGGACUUUGUGGACCUGAUCCAGUUCCUGAAGGCCAACGUCAGCGGCGCGAGGAACAGCCCUUUCAUCGCCAUCGGCGGAUCUUACGGCGGGAUGCUCUCCGCGUGGUUCAAGAUGAAGUACCCGCACAUCAUUGCUGGGGCCAUCGCCUCGUCCGCCCCGAUAUGGCAGUUCGCGGGCAUGAACCCCUGCAACACCUUCGCCAAGACGGUGACGGCCGACUUCACCCGGGAGUCCCCGGAGUGCAGCAACUCCAUUCGACGCUCCUGGAAGGCCAUCGACAACGUCACCGCCAGCGACGAGGGCAGGAGCUGGCUGAGCGACUCCUGGCGCCUGUGCGAGCACCUCGCGGGCGACGGCGCGGCGCUGAAGGAGUGGCUGAGCGAGAUCUACGAGGACCUGGCCAUGAUGAACUUCCCGUACGCGGCCAAGUUCCACCACUCCCUGCCGGCCUACCCGAUCAAGGCGGUGUGCAGUCACCUGACCGACUCCAGCCUGCCGGACAGGCAGCUCCUGGAUUCGCUGUUCCGCGCCGUGAGCGUGUACUUCAACCACACCGGGGACGCUCGGUGCCUCGACACGGACGUCGCUCAUCUGUACGCUGACCUGGGCACCGACGGCUGGGACUACCAGACGUGCACGGAGGUGGUGCAGGGCAUGUGCCAGGACGGGGUGGAGGACAUGUUCGAGCCGUACUCGUUCGACUUUGCGAGCUACUCCGACAGCUGCUACAGCCGGUGGGGCGUGCGGCCGUCCCUCUCGGAGGGGAUCAACCUGUACGGCGGCCGGGACAUCUCCACCGCGGCCAACAUCGUCUUAACCAACGGGCUGCUGGACCCGUGGUCCGGCCUGGGCGUGCUGCGGAACGUGUCGGAGACGGCCGUGGCGCUCGUGAUGCCCGACACGCCCCACCACCUUGACCUGCGCGCCAGCAACCCCGCCGACCCGGCGUCCGUGCGCCGUGUGCGCGAGAUCCUGCGCGAGAGCAUCGGCCGCUGGGCCGCCGAGCACCGGGCCGCUCUCUCCGAGUGACGCUUUCUCCGAGCGUGCUGGUCCGGCUCACGCUUGGAUCGCAGUGCAGAUUGCGAGAUUUAUACCACCCAGUUUACUAACGUUAAAAAUAAUAUUUUAUAUACCAUCGUUAUUUAUAACAAGUUUUAACAUUUUAUAUAUAUUUUUUUGUUUGUUAUUCUGAGACAAUAAAAUAACCUUAUAUUGACAGUAUUAUUACAGUUGAAGAUAUUAUGAAAGAAAAUAAUUCAGUGUUAAACCACUAAUUGUUGUUUCAGACGAGAAAUAGUUGGUUGCAAUCGGUCACUCAAUAACAAGGCAUGCUAGGUAUUAAAUAAUGUGAUGUGCUCAAAAGAGUAAUUAAAAAAAUAUAUAUUAAAUUAUAUAAAAAUUAAAAAUUAAAAAAAAAAAUUGAAUUUUAUUAGAUGAUUCUCUUUAUGAAAUACGACUAGAAAAUGUAUUUCCAAAAUUCUCGUUCCAAAUUUUCUGUGAUAAAAUACAAUGUUUUUUGUACAUUAAAAAUUUUUUCAACACAUUACGGAGUUGUGUCUAAAUCGUUUGAGCUCUAUGGCAUGUACAUUGCAACAGAGCACACCGACAUGAGUACAGCGCUUAUGGAAGAAACUGUUCAUUGGAAAAAGAGAGUAAAUGCGAAUGUAAAAGCACACUGCAAAUCUAAGAAUGAGACACCUGUAACACUAGCAGAGAGUUAUGUUCAGUGCAAUAAUUGUUGAAUUAUAUGUGUUAUUAUCUUGUACAAA